AUACUUCUUAGAUUGAGUGACCCUACUUGUGAUUUAGAAAAAAAUCUUGUAUUAACAAAUCAAGUCCCCCUACAAAUAUAUAUGUACCACAUUCAGCAUUAUCCAUUUAUUAGCUCAAGUUUUUGAGAACCAUUAAUUAAACCAGAAAUGGAGAGUGAGUUGGUGAAACGCAGAUUUGAUAUAAUUGCAGCACACUUUGCUUCCACUGACGAGAAUGAGAUUUCACCAACCCUUCUUCUUCCUAUGAAUUGCAGUGGUAGUUUGAAUUCUGUGAUUCGAAGUGGCAAUAACAUAUAUUUUGCACGCCAAGCAUCUUCUUCCUAUGGCAAUUGUAUGCGGCACACAUCAUUUAAAAAGGGUGAGUUAACAUCUUUUGUUGCUCCAAAAUCCAAUGGUGCUAAAUGUGAAGCUCCUUCUAGUUAUGGAAGACCACCAUGUUUUGCAAGACCUGCAAGGAAGGAAUCAAAGAUUUCAAAUUCAGUAGCACAAUCAAUGACGAAGACGCAAGGCUAUGAUUUUGAUGCAUUUGGGCCGCCUACAUUUGCUAGGCCAAACAAACAGAUCAAACAAGGAGAACAGUUAAAUAAUGAGAAAAGAAUAAACCAUUCUGAAAUUGGUAUUGAGUGGUCACCUAGAAUGGAUGUUGCAGAAUCAAAAGGUAAAUAUGUUAUCAUGUUGGAAGUUCCCGGUGCGAGUGUUGGUGACAUAAGAGUGGAGGUUGAUGAUCAAAAGUUGUCUGUCAAAGGUAGACGCUCUAUUAGUUCUUGGAAAGUAGCAGGUUGUCCAAAUGGUUGUGCAGUUUCUUCAUAUCUUAAAAAAGAGAUACCAUAUGGACCAUUUGAGGUUUUGUGGCCAUUUCCUACUGCUGUGAACAAGGACAAAAUCUCAGCUGAAUUUUUGGAUGGAUUUCUCCAAAUUAUAAUUCCUAAAGUUUGAAGCUCAAUACAAUUGAUCAGUGAUGUAGCAGCAGUGGCAAUGUUCUGCAUAUAGAUAUGCUAUUUCUUCUUUAUGUGCUAUAUGACUAAUCAUGUAUACAUAUAUAGUAUAUAAUGUAAGUAAUAAUGAACAAAUUCUCCAUGAAUAUACAAGUAUAAAGUGAGUCAAAUAAUAAUGAACAUUUAAAAUAAAA